UUAAAAUUUUUUUUUUUUUUCUUUAAUUCGCCGUCCCUUUUUUGACGUUGAGUUUUGAGCUAUUAAAACUGGUUUUUUUUUUGAACUUUGUUCCCUAAAAAAAAAAAUCAGUUUUCGUACCCUUUCAUCUUUAUAAAUUAAUAACUGUAUUUUGGAUUAUCACACAAAAGUUAUUCAUUAUUUUCAUGCCACCUUGAGGGUGAAAAAAUGCCAACCUUUAGCGAUACAAGUUAUCUUGCAAGAAUAUGUUAUAUUCCAUUCAUUUUAGUUUGGAUGAUCGUUCGAACAUGGCAGACAAAUCGUUGGGAACCUGUUUCUUUUCUACGCUUAAUUCGACUUGAACCUCGUUCCCUGUUCACCUUUGCAUUCUUACUAGCUUUACUUGUUCGUUUUGUACAUGAUAUUAUAUUGUAUUCUAUUAAAAUUAAUGAAGGAUACCUUACCGAACCAAUAAUAAUCGAAAAACCGGAAUCAUUUUGGAUUCUUAAAAAUUUACGGCUAUAUAAUAUAUCACAUUACCUAGAUUCAAUUUCAUUAAGUUUCACCAUGUAAGUAGUUAAUAAAAAUACAAUUUUUUCAUUUGUCAAUUGGUCUUUUCCGUGUCACAUUAAAUUUAACGGAUAAUCUAAGCUAAAGAUUUUGGUGCGACAAAUA